CGUUUGUUUGGUCAAGGGGUCAGGCAGAUAUAGAGAUGGAUGGUAGACAAUAUAACUGCAGACACAACGACUGCAGUUGACUCCAGUCCAUUAUUUCUCUCUACGGGAAUCUCACUAGCACAAGAUGAAGCUGACAUUCGCUCUCAUUCUUGCACUCCAAGUGUCAGCGUGUGUGUGGGCAACGCCCGAGCCUGACAAGGAGUUAGUGGAGAAAUAUGAGGGGCUGAAGGCAGUUUUCUUUAAAAGGCUCAUCAACGCUUGGGAAAAAGCCCAAAGUUCCAUUCAACCAAUGGUAGAGAGCAUAUCAUCAGAAGGACAAGCCAAGGAGUAUUUUGAAGAAAUUAAGAAAAGCCAAAGACUACAAAGUGCCAUCAAAAUUUUAAGCGGUCUGGCCUCUGACCUUGAGCCUGUUGUGAACAAUGCUCGUAUGGCUCUUCUCGGUGCUUACGGCCACUAUCUGCGACCCUACGUUGGAGAACACCUGGACAAAGCAAUUACCAACAUCAAGCCAGUGCUGGAUACUGUACUGCCUCAUGAGGGUUAGAGUCUGCAGCUCAUCAACCACUGACUCCUUCAACCCAGCAAAAAUGAAUUUUCAUUGCUUCAAUAAUGGAUCCAAAUCUGAAACUCUGACAGCUGUGUGUCCAGCAUGUUGGUGCAGUUUUUUGCGUGUACAUACUGUAUGUGUGUAUUUCAUACUGUUCUGUUCAGUGCAGGACAAAAAUAACAUCCGGUCCAGCAUUAAUAGAGUAUGAAUUAUAUGAUUUUUUGUGCCUCAUAAAGAAACAACAAGACUCAUACUAAAUAAAAACAUCAGUAAAACGCAAA